UCUCGUAUUAUGUGAUUACCUUACCUUACCCUAGCUAAGCUACCUACCCAUCAAGUGUGAGGAGGUUUACCUAUCUUUCAUCCGGUACUGGGUUGGUUUGGAGGGUGAAUGGGCAAGUCGAAAAAGAGGAGAUCUCCUGCUACUGCUGCCGCCUCCGAAGAUGAACCAAGGAGUAGUAGUAAUAAGAAACACAAAGAUUCUCGUAAAUCAUCCGAUGGGAAGCCAGAGGAAAAGCACCGGCACAAACAUAAACGCCACAAGCGUGAUCGUCCUGAGAUAUCUAAUUUCAAGGAGCUUUCGGAUGCCGAUUAUUUCUUGAAGAACAAUGAAUUCGCUACUUGGCUAAAAGAUGAGAGAGACACUUUCUUCUCUGAUCUCUCUUCAGAGUCUGCGCGUAAACUCUUUUCAGAAUUCGUGAAAGCUUGGAAUAAGAAAAAGCUGGAUUCCAGAUACUAUGAUGGCAUUGUGACCGCACCGCGAUCAUCCCAUAAUUGGAAAAUUAAAUCAGAUGCGAAAGGAACUUGUAUCAAAUAGAGAGUGCAGGGGUAGUUGAGCGUCUGGAUCUUGAUAACGUUAGUGAUGAUGGUAUCAAAAACGGGGUGGAUGCAUUCUGGUUUGGUGAUCCUUUAAUAUGCAGAAUUUUGGAUUACUGUAUCAGUGUGUUUUAAACAUAACUUCAUAUGGGAUGAGCUUGAAAUUGUGGAACUGUCAUUGGGUUAGUUUUUUUGUAAUUGGUUCUUUAUAGUUAUCGGUCGGUCGGUCUAGAAUGUUUAAAUAGUACCAGAUGGUUUGGUUUGCGUUUUUGUCGAAA